AGCCUUCGCAAUGCAAAAGGAAGCAUCGCCCAAGAACGGCGCUGUUCUAGCCUACAUGAGUUAAUCACUUGAUUCAAGUCCCUGCGGAACGAUCUGACAUUUGCGGGAAGGAUUCGCUGAGUCUCUGGAUUUCUUGCGAAGGUUGUUUCUGUCUUCAAGGUGAUCUUGAAGCGGGAGGUGACGGACGAAGAAAUUGGAGGGUUGAGUUUCGAUUGUGGAGAGUCGGGCAUUGCCAUGAGUGAGAGCCAUUCCCAUGGAUGCCAUCCAUCUGCACCGGAGGAUGUGCCCGGCGGAGCCAAGACGCUCACUGCGAAAGCUGUAGAUGCAGGAGCAGCCAUGUUGCAGAGCCUGGAACCGAUUAAAGCUUUCCAGCAGCAUGUUUGCACGUGGGCGAUUUUCUCCCACGACAUGAACCGCAAAAUUCAGACACACCAUCACGCUGCUCGCCUCAAUGACGAUUUCUUGCAGUGUGCUGUUUACGACUCCGAUCAAUCCAAUGCUCGCUUGAUCGGGGUGGAGUAUGUUGUAUCGGAAAAUGUAUUCAAAGACCUGCCGCCAGAAGAGAAGAAGCUGUGGCAUUCCCACGAGUUUGAAAUCAGAGAGGGGCUAUGGGUGAAUCCCGGCGUGCCCGAAACGGUGGAGAAGCAGGAGGUCAAGGGCUUGGCGCACACCUACGGAAAGUUUUGGUGCACUUGGCAAUUCGAUCGAGGUGAUGUGCUGCCCAUGGGGAUGCCGGCUCUUAUGAUGUCGCCCCAGGCGGAGGAGCCAGGCAGGAUUCCCAACGACAGCGUUGAUAAGCGAGAUGCCAUGUAUGGAAUUUCGUCUUCGUCACGGAAACACAAUCGUGCAGACAUUCCCAGAAUGACGCUGGACCCCAACUCGGAUCGCUGGAGAGCAACAGGCAAGGGCUUCGAAGUUGAUCUGAAGGAGGUGGUCAUGUCUAUGGGCUGAGAGACAUUCAUUGUCUAUUUCCAUCUCUUUUGAGGAGUUCAGUUUUGAGAAACCUUGCAAUUGGUUGGGCUCUUGGCAGAUGUACAUAGCCAGUUUAAUAUAAUAAACCCCGUAUAAAAAAAACAUAGUUUUUGCUCUUUAGCAGGAAGAAUCUGGCGUUCAAUUUUGGGUCACUUUUUUGAACUGACAUAUGCAUAAAUGUUUUAACCGUGGGUGAUAUAUACAGAUGGUUUCAGUCUCAGUGGCAAGUUGGAGAA